CGGGGGCCAGUCAGAGCGUGAGCGCGGCGCGCGCUGCGCCCGCGCCGGGUGGAAAUGCUGAGACAGCCAGCGGGUUUAUUUUUGGGUCAGUGACAGCGUGUCAAUGGCUGCAGAUGCGUCGCAAAGGAAGGCUCUGAGAUACCACCAGACCCUGCUAUAUGGAGAGUACAGAGAGCAGCUGGGGAGUUUUGCCCGGAGAGAAGCCGCGCGACUCCUGACCGAGCGGCAGUGGAGGAAGCAUGCGGGGGACGCGUCGGCAGCGAGGCACGCCCAGGGCCAGCACCACCACGCCGCCGGCCUAGAAACGGGCGUCUCCGCCUCGGGACAUGGCCACGCCUCUUCAGUGAAGAAGCCCCGCUCGUACUCCAAAUGCCGAGACUGUGUUGCACGGGUACAGAAGUACAUUGUGACAAAGCUGGGAGAGGACUGGGUCUUCCUUGUGCUGCUGGGUCUUACCAUGGCAUUGGUCAGCUGGAGCAUGGACUACGCUAGUGCCAAGAGUCUGCAAGUGUAUAAGUGGAUGUAUGGUGAGCUGAAGGGUAAUGUCCUGCUGCAGUACCUGGCCUGGGUCACCUACCCCAUGGUGCUCAUCAUGUUUGCCUCCCUGUUCUGCCACUUGGUCGCCCCACAGUCCAUCGGCUCUGGUAUUCCCGAACUGAAGACCAUCCUCAGGGGCGUUGUGCUGAAGGAAUAUCUGACCCUGAAGGCCUUUGUGGCCAAAGUCGUUGGCCUGACUGCUGGCCUGGGCAGUGGGAUGCCAGUGGGCAAGGAGGGUCCCUUUGUGCACAUUGCCAGUAUCUGCGCAGCCGUGCUGAGCAAAAUCAUGUCCAUCUUCUGUGGUGUCUAUGAGAACCCCUAUGGCUAUACAGACAUUCUCACAGUGGGCUGUGCUGUGGGGGUGGGCUGCUGUUUUGGCACUCCUCUCGGAGGGGUGCUGUUCAGUAUUGAAGUCACAUCAACCUACUUCGCUGUGAGGAAUUAUUGGAGGGGCUAUUUUGCUGCAACUUUCAGUGCCUUCAUAUUCAGAGUACUAUCAGUGUGGAACAAAGAUGCUGUCACCAUCACCGCUCUCUUCCGAACAAACUUCCGGAUGGAGUUUCCCUUCGACCUCCAGGAGCUGCCGGCGUUCGCCAUCAUUGGCAUAUCAUGUGGUUUCCUGGGAGCCUUCUUCGUCUAUCUGAAUCGUCAGGUGGUUCUGGUCAUGAGGAGACAGAACGCACUCACCCGCUUCCUGACCAAACACCGGUUGAUCUAUCCAGGCGCCGUGACAUUAGUCAUUGCAACUUUCACCUUCCCCCCUGGAUUCGGACAGUUCAUGGCUGGAGAGUUGAUGCCCAGGGAGUGCAUCAACUCCCUUUUUGACAAUUACACCUGGACCAAAAUCUGGGGUACCCCUACCCCGGUCGGCCUUGGCCGCUCGUCUGCCUGGCUGCACCCCCGCGUCAGUGUCUUCGUCAUCCUGCUCCUCUUCUUCGUCAUGAAGUUCUGGAUGUCAGCCAUUUCCACCACGAUGCCCAUCCCUUCAGGGGCCUUCAUGCCUGUCUUCAUCCUGGGAGCAGCGUUCGGGAGGCUGGUGGGGGAGAUCAUGGCUACCCUUUUUCCCAACGGGAUUCUCUUUGAUGGAAUCGUGUACCGCAUCUUGCCGGGAGGGUAUGCUGUCAUCGGGGCAGCGGCCCUGACUGGUGCCGUGACCCACACCGUUUCCACGGCGGUGAUCUGCUUUGAGCUGACGGGGCAGAUCUCGCACAUCCUGCCCAUGAUGGUGGCGGUGAUCCUGGCCAAUAUGGUGGCCCAGGGGCUGCAGCCCUCGCUCUACGACUCCAUCAUUCAGGUCAAGAAGCUGCCGUACCUCCCGGAGCUGGGAUUUGGCCACAUCAGUAAAUACAAUAUAUUUGUGGAGGACAUCAUGGUGAAGAAAUUGAAGUUUCUUUCGACACAGUCCACUUACAGAGAGCUGAAUCACCUACUGCGAUCCACCACCCUCAAAACUAUCCCACUGGUCGACUCAAAGGAGUCAAUGAUUCUGCUGGGCUCCAUCGAGAGGUCUGAGCUUCAGGCUGUCUAUGAUUGGUGGCUUUCAGCAGAGAGGCGGAUCCUCAGCCAGAGUCAGGCUUUUCAAGGUCAGGGCCUGGGUUCAAAGGCCAGCUGGGAAUCCUUUGCCUUUGUGGAUGAGGAAGGAGAAGAAAGCGGAGACAAGACUGUGCCAUUGCAAGAUGAGCGAAAUGGGCCCCUCCCAGUGCCAAAACCCCCGGAACUGUCCACCAAUCACGCGACAUCUGACAAACGGACCUUGCAGGCAGUAAGGAGAACUCUGCAGGGCCUGUUCUCCUCCUCCAAAGACAGGCGGAAAGAAGAAAAGGAGGCCACACCCGCUCCCCUUACAGAUACGAUGACACCAGAGGAGAUCAAAGCUUGGGAGGAGGUGGAGCUGGAUGAACAAAUCCACAUUGAUGAAAUACGUGUAGAUCCGUCCCCCUUCCAGCUGGUGGAGAGAACCUCGCUGCACAAGACCCACACGCUGUUCUCAUUACUGGGCCUCAGUCAUGCCUAUGUCACCAGCAUCGGGAAACUGGUGGGAGUUGUGGCACUAAAGGAGUUGCAAAAGGCCAUCGAGGGCUCAACCCGCAGUGGGGUACGCCUUCGCCCCCCUCUGGCCAGCUUUCGGGAUGCCAGCCGAAAAUCGACGAAGCCGACCCCCCAGCCGACCCCCUCCACUCCCUCCUCUCCAAACAGAGACAAAGAGAUGUGGAUUGAGGGGGCAGAGAGGCCAAUACCGGAAGAGGCUGGGGGGAAUGAUUCUGCUAGCAGUAGCGGAGGAACGGCUUGCAGUAGUAGCAAUAGCAGCAGUAAUGGCAGCAACAGCAGGGGGGGGGCGGGGUUCCCGCCUCCUUCACCGUCAUCCAUAGCGCUCUCAACCCUCCAUCCUGUGCUGGAACAAGAGAGGGAUGGUGAGAGGGAAAGUGAGGAAGAGCCUCUUUGAAUAAAGUAAGAGUGGACUUUUUGUAUGGGAUUUCUUUUUCUUUUUUUUAAGGACUGCUUUUCCCAUCACCCUUUUGCUGCGGAGGCGGGAAAUUCACACAGAGGUACUCUCUGGGUAGAACAGUUUAGUUUGGACCUAGGCGAGUCGCUCAAUGCACUUUGAAACACUUAGAGGGAAGAAUAAAUGUGCCACCAGUGCUUCUGGGAAAUGUAGUCUGGAAGAUCAUCUUGCUCUGACAGUGACUUCCCCUUUGCUCUUUCAGUUUCUCAGGUUUCAUCGCUAUGUCUUUAAACCUGCAAAAGAAUGGAAGAAAGUCCUCUUUCUUCCUUUCUUACAUCAACAGUAUUGAUCUGUGCAUCUUUCUGCCUGUCUGAAGUCUGUCUGUCUGUUGAUUAAUAUGCAAUGUUAAUCAGUGUUUGUCUGUCCGUACAUGUUUCACAGUAAUUCACAUAAAUGUAUGAAAAUGGAAUCAGGUCGUGAUUCAAAUUACUGAUCAAGUCUUCAUCUUACAGAUUAUUCACUGUAUGUUUACUAAUGAAUGUAUUUAAUUGUUUUGGAAUAAUGAUUACAACAGUCAUGAUCAUUCAUAUUGAUGCUUAAAAUUAUUGAUAUUCUUAUUAAAUAUAAUAAAAAAUUGCAUUUAUCUACA